CAUUCGUACACUUUACUUGACUUGUGAAAUUCUGUUCGACAAUCUUACACUGACGACUGAAUAAACAAAAAAUCAUAAUAAACUUUUGAAAACAAUUUGAAUCGCAUCAUUUCAAUUUCUAUUCAACUUUAUUCGUUCAAUAGAAUAGUUCAAUGCUCGGUUAAAUUGACCGCAACAGUUGCUCCAAUAAUUUCUUUUAAAAAAGUGAAAUCAAACAAUUGUUUUACAUUUUGAAGCAGUUUUCUUGAAAAUUGAAAAAUGCCGCGAAAAUACGGAAAGAAACAUCACAACAAUGCAAGUCACAAGCGAAAUAAUCAACGACAUCCAGUGGAUUUGAACACACCUGUUUUAACUCUUUAUUUUUUUCCACUUGAUCAUCCAAUGACACAUUAUUCGAUUUAUAAAUACUUUCGUCAAUUUGGUGAUGUCGACUUGGUUAAGCUACACGAUGUACAAGACCUCUUUUCCAAAGCUCCGAAAUAUGGUUUUGUGCAGUUCAAGGAUACAGCAGCAGCAUUGCUAGCUUUGUCACAACCUGAACAUGAAAUCGAUGGCUUGAAAAUUAAAGUUAAUGCAGCGCACCGUAAGCAUCAGCCACAACAAUUGACUUUGAAUGCACAACCACUCUCCACUGGAUAUGAAGCACCUGGCUCAGAUUCGCUAUCGAAUAUACUGAAUGCCUUAAACGACGUUUGUCUUCGCAAAAUUUUCUGGUAUUUGACAGCAAAGGAUCUGUGUGCCACUGCAAAUGUUUGUGUGCGAUUCAACGCAAACGCCAAGCAAGUGUUCGCAGUCGAAUACGACGUGCUUGAUUUCGAAGACGUGGUUGUUGAAGAAAAUCUCACUUUUUGCGAACUGGAAUCGCUGUUAUGCACAUUCAACAAAGAAAUAAAGAGCGUGAAUGUGGAAGGUCAAUACAAGGAAACAAUUGUUUUUCUAUCUAUGUUGAGCGAGCAUUGCAAGAAUGUCAAGGAAAUCGAGUUGACAGCCUUGAAUCUUGAUAAGCAAGAAUUUGAAAUACUUCGUCCAUUGUUGAAGCAUUUGGAAUCGCUCAGAAUGUUUGAUAACAUGUGCUGGCCACCAUCGCCGACAAACUUCAUUAACGAAGCAUCAAACUUGAAGAUUUUUGAGUACGAAGGUUUGCCCAAUCAUUUUCGAUUCCCGGAAAAAACGUUGCACAAAUUGCAUGAAUUGAAAUUGAAUGGCAUCGGAAAUGCGACAGUGUCAUCGUUGAAUCGAUUUUUCGAGUUGAAUCCGAGCUUGGAAAAGGUUCACAUUUUAUCUGGUGAUCCCAUCGAUACAAGUCGUAUAUUGCGCACAAUUAGUGACGCGCUGACAAAUCUGAAGGAAUUGGUAUUUUCAACUUACAAGUCCAAACAGUUCACCAUUGAGAAAGACCUCUUGUUGCUCGCGAAAUUGCCAUCGUUGACAAAACUGGAUUUGAGUUUUCACCAACUGUCGAUUGCACCAUUGAUGAAAGCACUCCAGAAGACACCAAUUCAGAGCUUGAAAAUUGUCGAAGGAUUGAUUGACGACGCCGGUGUCGAGAAUCUAUCAAAAUUGGUUGGCAUCACCAGCAUGGAAUUCAUACGCUGUCGUGAUCUACAAAAUGGACAUUUGAUCAAGAUGGCAAAGAAUCUUCCAAAUUUGAGCACACUCAGCAUUAUGGACGCCAAACAAAUAACAACAUCUGCGAUCAAGGAAAUGGUGAAACAUUCAACGAAAAUGUCGUUCAUAUUCUUGCAACGCGUUCGCAAGGUGAUCAUUGGUUCAAACGAUUACAAGGAGAUUUUGAAAAUGGUUAAAAAUCAAACGAAGCUCACAAUCGAAAUCUAUGGAAGUGGUGGUCAAGUUAAAGUUUCUGAUGCGGUUCUCAGCGACUGGUUGAUCAUCGAGGAAAAUUAAAUUGUUUUGAACAGAGCAACUCAGCGUCAAUCAAAGACGAUUUGUAGUAUUCAAACAUUUUAUUUUGUACCGACACCUGACAUUUGAAACAAAAGCAUGACAGCAUGACAAUUCAGCUUGAAUUAAAAAUAAUGUCCUUCGUUUAAUUAGUUUUUCGUUCAUUUUUAUUAGAAUUUUUACAACUUUUACCUUAUUCAUAACAUUUAAAAAACGUUUAGUUAUUCAACAUUAUACUUAUUACUU